AUGGAAGACAAGUUUGAUGAAGGUCCGCGCAACUACAACGAUGAGUCAAGUGCCGUUGAGUUUGAUGAUCAAGACGAGGACGAAGAAAAAGAAGAAGGUAAAACUGACGACGACAUGGACUCGAGCGACGAUGACAACGAAGACACCAGGUCUUCGAAGAGCAACAUCAAGAGACACACGCGCACUCAAUCACUUGAGAAAGCUACCGUCAUUCCAAGUCCCAAGCGAAGAACUGGGGAAACGCCGACUACAUUCAAGUCGGCGAUGGAAUCAAGCGACUCCGGCAAGUGGAAAGAAGCGUGUGACUCGGAGUUCGACUCGCUUCAGAGAAACGACACGUGGGAAAUCGUGCCUCUUCCGAAAGGUCGCAAGGCCAUCGGGUGCCGAUGGGUUUUUCGUGUAAAGGAGAAUCAAGAUGGCGAAGUUGAACGUUUCAAGGCAAGACUUGUGGCCAAAGGAUUCUCACAGAAAUUCGGAGUUGACUAUGAAGAAACUUUCGCACCGGUGGCCAAGUUCACAUCGAUUCGUGUGGUGCUCAGUAUGGCGGCCAAGUACGGCCUAAUGCUACAUCAGAUGGACGUCAAGACAGCGUUUCUUAACGGCUCCCUCAACGAAGACAUCUACAUGGACCAGCCGGACGGAUACCUGGAUGCAACACAGCCGGACUAUGUGUGCAAGCUAAAGAGAUCACUCUACGGCUUGAAGCAAUCGCCUCGCAUGUGGAACCAAACAAUCGAUGGGUUCAUGAUCAAGAUGGGAUUCAAGAAGUGCGAAUCGGACCACUGCAUCUACAUCAAGCGAGACGACCAAGACAUGAUUCUCGUGGUGCUCUACGUCGAUGAUCUCAUCCUGGCCAGCAGCAACAACGAACUCCUCAAGUCGACCAAGAUGGCGCUGCGCAAACGCUUCGAAAUGACGGAUCUCGGUGAGCUCGAUUACUUUCUCGGCAUGGAGAUCAAGAACGACCGUAAGACGGGAAUUGUGACUGUGCAACAAACCAAGUUUCUCAAGUCCGUGUUGACCAAGUUCGGAAUGGAUAACAGCAAGCCAGUGAAGACGCCUCAAGAUCCCGGCCUGAAGCUAACCAAGAACAUGUGUGAACAAGAAUGCAAGCACGAAGACACCAUGUGCAACGUGCCAUAUCGAAGUGCUGUCGGAGGCAUCAUGUAUCUCAUGGUUGCCACACGUCCGGAUCUAGCUGCUGCAGUGGGAUCAUUAUCCCAGUUCUCGUCCGACCCAUGCCCGACUCACUGGCAAGCUUUGAAGCGUGUGCUGAGAUACCUGCAAGCAACGCCCAAUCAUGGUCUUGAGUUUACACGUGAAGAAGGAAGCCGUAUCUGCGGGUACACCGACGCAGACUGGGCCGGCGACAUUGAGUCAAGACGAAGUACAAGCGGCUAUGUGUUCAUGAUGAACGGAGGAUGCAUCAGCUAG